CAUUCAUACUCUGCUCUGCUAUAAGAAGACCACCAUCUCCUCCCCUUUUCCUCACUCCUAUCACAAUUGUGCUUAAUACAUUCUCUUCAUCUCCUCAGCAUCUCUAAUCUGUUAGGUCUUCCCUACUGAAUUCAGCAUGGCAUCAGUCUUGUUUGCUCUACUAGCAUGCUCUUUGAUAGGCAUUGCUUCUGCUGGCAACUUCAACGAUGACUUCCACAUCACUUGGGGUGAUGGCCGGGGAAAGAUCGUCAAUAAGGGGCAGCUCCUUAGCCUAUCUCUUGAUAAGGCCUCAGGAUCUGGCUUCGAAUCUAAGCAUGAGUAUCUCUUUGGCAAGAUUGAUAUGCAGCUGAAGCUAGUCCCUGGAAAUUCUGCUGGCACUGUCACUGCUUAUUAUCUUUCAUCACAAGGGCCUACCCAUGAUGAGAUCGACUUUGAAUUCCUCGGAAAUCUCAGCGGAGAUCCAUAUACAUUGCACACUAAUGUGUUCACUCAAGGGAAAGGAAACAGAGAGCAGCAGUUUCAUCUGUGGUUUGAUCCCACAAAGGAUUUUCACACCUACUCCAUACUCUGGAAUCCAUCACACGUAAUUUUCUCAGUUGAUGGCAUCCCGAUCAGAGACUUCAAGAAUAUGGAACCAAGGGGAGUCGCCUUUCCUAAGAACCAGCCCAUGAAAAUCUACUCUAGCCUCUGGAAUGCUGAUGACUGGGCUACAAGGGGAGGACUAAUUAAGACUGAUUGGACUCAAGCUCCGUUCACUGCAUCAUAUAGAAACUUCAAUGCCAAUGCUUGUGUUUGGUCCUUUGGUACCUCCACCUGCUCUUCAAAGAAAUCUGCAAGUGCUUCACCAAGCAAUGCAUGGUUGAAUGAAGAGUUGGAUUCAACAAGGCAAGAGAGGAUGAGAUGGGUUCAGAAGAAUUACAUGAUCUACAACUAUUGCGCCGACUUGAAGAGGUUCCCUCAAGGCCCGCCGCCAGAGUGCUCUGUAGCUUAAAAAUUUAAAUUUGGGAGUGUAAAAGAAGGAAAAGAAAAUCAUGUAUAGUAAAUAGUAAUUAGUUGAUUCUUUUAUUUAUUUAUGAUAUUAUAUUUAUAUUUUAUA